ACUCUGGAUAUUCUAAAGAAUGGAGCCCUGAAUCGAACUGUAGCAGCGACGAAUAUGAAUGAGCACGCACUUGGUGGAGCCAAUGGAAAAGUCAGCCACGUUCCAUACCGUGACUCUAAGUUGACGAGGCUGCUGCAGGAUUCUCUUGGUGGAAAUAGCCGAACUCUAAUGAUUGCUUGUGUAUCGCCGAGUGAUAGUGAUUUUGUUGAAACCCUCAAUACUAUGAAAUAUGCGAAUCGUGCGAAGAAUAUCAAGAACAAGGUGGUUGCUAAUCAAGACAAGUCAUCCAAACUUAUUGGAGAGCUUCGUGGACGCAUCGCAUCGCUUGAAGCGGAACUUCUCGAAUUCAAACAAGGCAGGAGGACUAUUGACAGUGAUGGUGUUGAGACCGUCAAUGAUCAGUAUCAAGAGAAUGUGAUGCUGACGGUAAGCGCAUAG